GACACUUGAGCCUUGCUUGUCCAAAGUCUUGAUCGGUUAAAAUCCUUGUAUUAUUUAUAUAAACUAUAAUUAUAAUGUCCUAACAAAUAACAAGCAUCGUGGGAUGAAUCUAACAACAUCAUCUCUUCCAUCACUAGAAGUGUUAAUGGACCUUGAGAAUGAGAACAAUGAUAGUGAAAAUAGAAUACUAUGGGUGCUGAAUCCUCCGGAGCCACCGGGCAUGCUGCACCGGAUCAUCGAAAAUAUCAACCUUCGAAAUAGAUUCUUUUCUCUCAAACAUCAACCUUCAACCAAAUUAGUAUUCCCUUUGUUGCAGUGUGUUUUUCCAAUCCUUAAUUCAUUCAAAAACUACAAUGUUCAAAAGUUUAAGUGUGAUGUCUUGGCUGGUCUUGUCCUUGCAAUCUUUGCUAUUCCACAGGCGAUGGGAAAUGCGAGUUUGGCGAAGAUGAGUCCUGAAUACGGCUUCUAUACAAGUAUUGUUCCACCUCUUAUUUAUGCUUUGCUAGCAACUUCAAGAGAGGUGGUAAUUGGACCUUCAACUGUGGAUUCACUGCUACUUUCUUCAAUGAUUCAAACAUUGAAAGAUCCUAUAAAUGAUUCCAUAGCUUACACUCAUCUUGUUUUGACUGCAACAUUUUUUACUGGUGUUUUCCAAGUUGCUUUCGGAUUCUUGAGGUUUGGGUUUCUAUUAGAUUAUCUUUCACAUGCCACAGUCCUAGGGUUCUUGGCAGCAGUUGCCAUAGGCAUUGUACUUCAACAAUUGAAAGAUUUAUUUGGAAUCGCCAACUUUACCAACAAGGCUGAUUUAAUUUCUGUGAUUAAUUCUCUUUGGACUUCCUACAAAAACAAUUCAGAGUGGCAUCCUUUCAAUUUUAUUAUUGGAUUCUCAUUUUUGUCUUUCAUCAUAUUUACCAGAUUCCUGGGGAGAAGGAAAAAGAAACUCUUGUGGCUUUCACACAUUGCUCCUCUUCUUUCCUUCAUUAUAUCCACGUUUAUUGCAUAUAAAGUAAAUGUUCAUCAACCAAAACUUGAGGACUAUAAAAUUGAAGUGUUAGGUCCAAUCAAAGGUGGUAGCUUGAAUCCAAGUUCACUCAAUCAAUUACAACUUGAUGGUAAUGGUAAAUAUUUGGGUCCUUUGAUCAAAAUAGCUUUGACUGUUGCUAUUAUUUCAACCACGCAAUCUGUAGCUGUUGGAAGAUUAUAUGCAUCGCUAAGAGGUUACAAUAUUGAUCCAAAUAGAGAAGUUUUAUCUUUAGGCAUAAUAAACAUUUUUGGAUCCUUCACUUCUUGUUACGUUGCAUCAGGUUCAAUUGCACGUACUGCUGUAAAUUAUAAUGCUGGCUCUCAAACAAUGGUGUCAAGCAUAGUGAUGGCACUGACAGUGUUGGUGUCCCUUAAAUUUUUGACAGAACUCUUGUAUUUUACUCCCAAAGCAAUGCUAGCAGCAAUAAUUCUUUCAGCUGUACCAGGACUUAUUGAUUUUAAAAAAGCAUAUGAAAUUUGGAAGGUUGAUAAAAUUGAUUUUCUUGCUUGUGCUGGAGCCUUCUUUGGAGUGUUGUUUUCUUCUGUGGAAAUGGGCCUUGCAAUUGGGGUCAUGGUAUCAUUUGCAAAGAUAAUUGUGAUUUCAAUUCAACCCGGUAUAGCGGUUGUUGGAAGGCUGCCGGGAACUGAUGCAUUUGGCGACGUGGAACAAUAUCCGAUGGCGAUUAACAUGCCUGGAGUUUUAGUGGUGUCUAUAAAAUCUGCUUGGCUUUGUUUUGCAAAUGCAAGUCCUAUUAGGGAUAGGAUCGAGAAAUGGGUGAUUAUUGAUGAAGCUGAAAAUGGUAAAGGAGAAAGCAUUAUCAAAGUCGUCAUUAUUGAUACAUCAUGUCUUGUGAGUAUUGACACCGCUGGCAUAGCUUCUUUAGUGGAGCUGAAUAAGAAUCUUAUUUUACAUGGAGUGACGUUAUCCAUAGCUAACCCAAGGUGGCAAGUGAUUCACAAGCUAAGAUUGGCAAACUUUGUGAGUGAAAUUGGAGGAAGGGUUUUUCUGUCUGUGGGAGAAGCUAUAGAUGCAAUACUUAGUGCUAAAAUGGCUACAAUAUAACUAACGUCAUUUACCUAAUGCAUUAAAGUUUUCACUUGUAGUUGUUCUUGAUCCAAUUUAUCGAUCCAAAUUUAUAUGAACGGGUGUGGAUGAAGAAGCUAAUUCACGGGAGUGUGAUUUAUUUUGGAACACCGAAUAUAUAAACAUUUACAAGAAAAUCUAUGAAAAAAAUGGACAUAUUAUGAUUAUGAGAA